GUUCGCAAUAGAAUGGAUGCCAUAUUAAUUAUGGAAACUAUAUUCUAAAAUCGUAAUUCAGUUUUUAAAUUUAAAGCCAGUGUUAGAUUGUUCACAUAGGCUUUUUUUUUAAUUUUGAAAGAAAAUGGCGACUCUAAUAAGAACUAUUUGGCGCGGGUAUGGUUUUAUCUUCGAAGAAUUAGCAGAUCCAAGAACAAAAUCAUGGUUUCUAGUAGCGAAACCGUACCAAGGAUUAUGCGUACUCGGUCUAUAUCUGUUGUUUGUACUAAAAAUCGGACCGAAUUGGAUGAAAAACAGACAGCCAUACAAUGUCGAUAAGCUUAUGAUAAUACAUAAUCUUGUGCAAGUUUUAGCAUGUGCUUAUGUCUUUUAUGAGACCAUCAUUUACGCGUGGGGUUGGAAUUAUAGAUGGCUUUGUGAACCAAUAGAUUAUAGCAAUAGUGAACAUGCAUUGAACAUAGCUGGAAUGGUUCACCACUACUACAUGCUCAAGUAUCUGGAUUUACUUGACACGAUAUUCUUCGUUCUGAGAAAGAAGUUCAACCAAAUUUCAUUUCUCCAUGUUUACCAUCACACAGGAAUGGUGAUGCUGAUUUGGGGAGCAACAACAUAUUUUCCAGGUGGCCACGGAACUCUGAUAGGCAUGGUGAACUCCUUCGUGCACGUAGUUAUGUAUGGCUACUACCUCCUCACAGUCGCGAUGCCAAGUGUGAAACAGUCGUUGUGGUGGAAAAAACAUAUUACGCAAUUACAAAUUAUUCAGCUGGCCUGGUGCUGUUUCCAUAUGUUUGCCUUGGUCUUCAAGCAAGACUGCGGAUACCCACGCUGGAUAGCAAUACCCUUCCUCCCUAAUGAUUUGUUUAUGCUCACUUUAUUCGUGGACUUUUACAUAAGGACCUAUAUAAAGAAACCAAAGGUCGCACCAGUACAGUCUGAAAGCAAAGAAAAUAUCUUUGAAGAGUCGAUCGUACGUCAACGGUCUGUGGUAGACAGUCAAAAGGAAUUAUGAUUUUUAUUAAAAAAAAAAUAUCUCUUUUUAUCUAUUUAAUAAUAAGAUUUCUCAUGAAUAUACCACCUUAUUUAAAAAAAAUAUCAAAAUGUAUAAUUAUUUCAACUAAAUACCGUAACUAUAGUACCUACUUAACGUCUCUUUUCAACACAGCGUAGACAACAUUUAACAAAAAGAGACUUAUGAAAGAGUAUUAUGGAGAUAUGAAAGAUAAAUGAUUAGUGAAUUGGAACGAUUCUUUGAAUAUGUACUUUAUGCUAAAUCUAAGCUUUUAUUUAUAUUCUUGUUCUAUUAUACGACAUUAAUA